AUGAAGACAACUCAAACUUUGUUUGCAGCUGCGGCGCUGCUUGCGAGCACCAACGCGCAACAAGUACCGGCCGUUACACCAGCACCGGCUCGCUAUUUCUUCAUUUAUGACUCCCACCCUGCUGGCUCCCUCGAGGCAUCCGUCGUUGGCUACAGCAGCAGCAGCAUCACCAGGGUUGAGACGACCUAUCGGGUGGCCUGUCCGUCUGCCAACGAGGCCUGCAAGAAGGAAGGCUACUACCCAGUCGACAUCACCCAUUCAGAUGGUUCACACUGGGCAGGCACCAAUACGGCGACCGCAGGAUUGGUCAAGCGUUGGGAGUGCAACCUGGGUAAUUUCGGCAACGCAACACUCUCUGAUCAAUAUGGAUGGUGCACGGAAACGACCGUAUCGGGUAGCUCUACGGCGGUGGCCGAGCAACAAGCGGUCAACACGUGUUUCGUUGAGGCACGCUCAAUUGUCGUGGCCAUGACCGCUGGCUUGGAGAAGUUUGGAAGCAGGACAUGGUGGGGGACUAGGGAUGCGUCGUAUUACCUUUCAUUUGAUUCGGAAAAAUGGAAUACGGAGACGUGCAAGCCGUUCAGUAGCGCUACGCCGACAGGAUCGCCAGCGAAGACGACCGAAUCGGGAAGCCCUACGAGGAGUUCUACUGAUAGUGCGUCGUUGCCAACGGAGGCAGGCACGGCAUCCGUUACCGUGGCGGAGACGGGGGUGGUUUCGGGCAAUGUGGCGCCGUCAGGGUCGGCACCUCCGAGUGGAUCGGGCCGGAUGCUCACAAGCAUGCCGUUGGCUCUCGGAGCCACGGUUGUAGGUGUCAUGGCGUUGAUCUGA